AUGAAAUUUAAAGAUUUAUUAAAAUAAAAUAAAAGAGACAUUAUUAGAAAAGGAUGUGCAUUAGCACUUUCUGGUGGUUUUGGACUUUGGACUUUUGGUAAAUUCAUUGGAUAUAUCAAACACAAAAAGAUGGAUAGAAUUUGUCAAAGGAAAAGAUAAGCUACAAUUGAAGCCAUAAACAAUUAUAAAUUAAAUCAUCAACCAUGUUAAUUGAGCUAAGAACUGCAAAAAUAGAUACUUAAUGGUAAUGUAGCCUAAAUUAAGUAAUUGUUAUAUGAAGAGAAAAUGACUGUCUUUUAAACAGUUUUAGUUUUUAUUGAAAGAAUUCUUAAGGUAGCUUGUUCAGACAACCUAAAUAUCAUAACAGAAAUCAAUUUUGAUGAAGCAUUGGAAGAAGCCAAAAUACAAGAUUAGGAAAUUAAACAAGAUAAAAAUAUAAUAAAUAAAUAUCCAUUGUUUGGUAUUCCAGUUUCAGUCAAAGAAACCUUUAUCCAGAAAAACUUUGAUUCAACAUAUGGACUAGGAGCCAAUUGUUUUUAGCCUGCUUAAGAGGAUGGAAUACAAGUUGCUUAAAUCAGAUAAGCAAGAGGUAUAAUCAUAGCAAGGACUAAUGUUCCUUAAGUAGCCAUGACAUUCGAGUCAGUCAAUCAUGUUUAUGGAAGAACAAAGAACCCAUGGAAUCCUAACAGAGCAGUUGGAGGAUCUUCAGGGGGAGAAGGAGCUUUGGCAGCAGCAAGAGGAAGUGUGUUGGGAAUAGGAUCAGAUGUAGGUGGUAGUAUUCGUAUACCAGCUGCAUUUUGUGGUGUAUAUGGAUUCAAGCCUUAUAGUGGAAGAAUACCAGAUUAUGGCGAGGCAAAGAUUUCAUUAGCUGUUGAAGGAGUUACAGAACUAAAAGUUUCAAGAGGACCUAUUGCUAGAUGUGUCGAUGAUUUGAUAGUUCUAACAAAGGUUCUAUUUGAUAAAGAAAUAUAUUCGAAAAUUCCUAUGUAAAUAAAAGAUCCUUAUUUUGAACCUCAAGAGUUAAAUGAUUUUCCAAAAAAGUAAAAAUUAAGAGUUGGAUAUUUUGAUAUUUUUAAUGGUUUGGUAACACCAUUUUGCAUGAGUAGAGCAGUGAAAGAAACUUGUUAAGCAUUAGAGAGUUAAGGACAUGAAAUUGUUGAAUUUAAAGUAGAUUAAUAAUUAUAAAGCAUUAUUGCUAAUUGCUUCUUAAAAAUAGUGGCGGCUGAUGGAGGAAUGAAAUCAUACAUUGAAGCUUUACAUGGCUAAAAAUUCAUUGAGGAGUAUGAACUUUUGGUACAAGAUGCUAAUAUUUGUUUGGGAAUCAAGAAGUUUGUUUUGGCUCCGUUAUUUAAGUUAUUUGGAUAGAAAACACUCUUGGAAUACAACAAUAAUACUAAAGUAGAUGUAUAUCAAUAUUUGGUUGAUUCAGCUAUCAGAAAAUAAACAAAUUUCUAAUUCUGCUAAGCUAUUGUUAAUUAAGGAAUAGAUGUUAUAAUUUGUCCUGCUUUUGGAUAACCUGCUGUUAAACAUGGAGGUUCCAAAUAAUUGGCUUUUACAGCAUUAUAUACUUGGAUAUGGAAUGUAGUAGAUUUCCCUGUGGGUUGUCUACCUAUUACAACUGUUCAAAAUGAUUAAGAUUUGGAAAUAAAAGGUUAAUAGAAUUCAAUGGAUCUUGUUUAUAGGUUUAUGAAAAGAGAUCUCUAAGGAGCCAUAGGUCUUCCUGUCAAUGUUCAAGUUGCUGCUUUGCCUAAUUAAGAUGAAAUGGUCUUAAGAGUGAUGAAGGAAAUUGAGGCUGCUGUGAAAUUCAAUUCCUAACAUCCAUACCCUGAAUUAAACUGA